AAGGCUUUAUAAGGACUGGCUGGGCUGGGAAUCUCCCUCUUUUCCCUUGGCAGCAGCAGCUGAAGAACUUGGACUUCCUGGUUUAGCUGCCCCUCUCUCUAAAGGUAUGGAGUCUCUCUUUAAGAAACUUUUAGAGAAGGCAGGCAGCGAAGGGGGGGAAGAAUGGCUCAAGCGCUGUUUAACUAUGGGGGACAUUGUCCCUGAAGAACAGACAGCCGGAGUGGAGACAGGCGCUGGGUUUAUGUUACCCACUGAGCAGCAGGGAGAGAGUGCGUCUGCAAGUGAGGAGCCCCCUGUCAGAGCGCGGAGGAGUCAGCCUCCUGAGCGUACAAGGGAAGCCCUACCAACUGAAGAGGAGGAGCGGAGGCGCGGCAUGGGCGAGGAGGAAGAUGGCGGGGGCGUUCCAGCAAGUGUGCGCCGUUCAGGACGGCAGAAGAGGAAUCUUUCACAGUCACCUGCGAGGGGAAAAGCCAGGGGAGGCAGAGCAGCGCAGCCCAGUGCAAGCGUGGGGAGGGGGCGCCCGCUCCCCCCACGUCCACCCAUUCAGCAACAGGUCCCUCUGAGGGGACAGGAGCAGCAAGUCUUACCUGUCAGGCUGGAGCCUGCAGCGUCUAUGCAGAGAGGAGAACCCGGUCCAGCCGUCAAUGCACAGCCUCAAGCAGUGGAUGGACCGUUUUCGUCAGCUGCUUCCGGAGGCGGAUGUGGAAGGGAUGCGUUGCCCGGAAUUUUUGUGGGACCUAAUCUGGACAUAGUUUCAAGAGCAAUACAGGGCUCGGUGGCACCAAAGACGUGGUUGUGCUAUGCUGCUUCUUGGAAGAGCUGGCUGUCCUUUGCAGAAGAUUUAGGAGUUAGUGACGGCCGCCCGUCCGAGGGGUCAUUAUUAGCGUUUGUGGCUUCCCUUAUGGAGCAAAGUUUGUCUUUCAGCCAUAUAUCAAAAACCUUAGCAGGAAUUUCCUUUUUUUGCCGACUGCGGGGUUUUGCGCCGUGCACAGCUUUCUUCUCAGUGAAACAGGCCUUGAAAGGGUAUAAAAGGGUUAAUUUUGUCCCGGAUGACAGAAGGCCGAUUUCACUCGACCUUUUGGGAAAGUUGUGCGAGAUAGCGUCGUCCGUUUGUUUUUCGGUUUUCGAGUCCAUACUUUUUAGAACGGCGUUCGUGCUUGCUUUUCAUGGGGCUCUACGCAUAUCAGAGCUAAUCCCUAAAUCUAAACUGGGUGGGUCGGGUAUUUUAGUCGACCACGUAACGGUAGAUACCUCGGGAAUUCAGUUAUGGAUAAGUCGUUCUAAGACCGACGCGUUGGGUAAAGGUGCGAGGAUUCGGUUGGCAGCUCAGGGCGUUAAAUCUGUCUGCCCCGUAGAUGCGGUGACUCGUUUUUUGGUCGUCAGGCCCCCAGUUCCAGGGUUAUUUUUGGUGCACCAGAAUGGAGGGCCGCUUACCAAAUAUCAAUUUGAUGCGGUAUUACGCAAAUGCCUGCUAAAGUUGGGUUUGAAAAAUAUGAGGAUAUCCUCCCACUCAUUUAGAAUUGGCGCUGCAUCAGAAGCGGCCCGGAGAGGAGUAUGUGAGUCAGACAUUAAAGACAUGGGGAGGUGGAAAUCAAAUUGUUUUAAAGUUUACGUUCGUCCUAACCUGUUUAUUUAAAUUUCAGGUCAGCCCCGCACAAUUUGGAUUCUGGGACAUUCCUACAUUCACUGGGCGCAUAAGAGAGCGGCCUUGCGUAGGUAUUCAACGAAUUUAUCGCUUUGUCCGGAAUCAUUCCAGGUUUUUUGGAAAGGUGUGCGGGGAUUUCAGUGGCACCAACUUUACUUUCACUUAAGUGGGCUUAGUCAGCGUUGGCCUAAGCCGGAUGUAUUAUUAGUUCAUGCAGGUGGGAACGAUUUGGGCAAAGUAAGGACUUUGGAUUUGCUAUUUUUGAUCCAAAGGGAUCUGCAGCGGUUUUCACUAGCCUCUCCAGGCACUAUUUUAAUUUUCUCAGAAAUCAUUCCACGCUUCUCUUGGCUCUCCUCUCCGCAGAGGAGGGCCAUGGAGAAGAUGAGGAAGCGGAUAAAUCGGGCCAUGUACAAGUUCAUGCCACAAAUUGGUGGUUUGUCUUACAGGCACGUUGAUUUAGAGGGGGGCUUUACCGGGUUAUACCGGCAGGAUGGCGUCCACCUCUCGGACGUGGGUAUCGAUAUUUUUAAUUUGGGAUUGCAGUAUGGAAUUGAGCAGGCCGCGGAGGUGGGGUGGGGCCGGGCAUGAUGCUCAUACCCGGCUUGUGGGACGUGAUAUGUCAAUUAAUGAUUUAAAUACUGCUCGAGUUACAAAAACUGAGCAGUUGCACAUAUUUUGGUUUUGCUUGAUUAAUGGCAAAUUUUUGAUAUUUGAAGUUAUGAAUUAAAAUGAUUUUGUUGAAUUUAAAAUGCUUUGUGUUUAAACCAAUAAAGUUACCGCGGCCUUUAUUCGCCAAUGGUGGGUCAGUGUGUUUAUUUGCUAUGGUGCCUGGAGUAAGGUUGUUGGGUAAAGAGUAUGGCCUACAGUCCCAUAAGAAAGGGGGCACAUUAGGAGCCCACUUGAGUGGGAUUGUGGCCAUCACGGGGUUAAUAUGGUAUCAGGUGCUGGUUUAUGGGUUGUAGUUAGUCUAUGUUUGCAGGUAAUUCCUAGGUACUGUUCCUUUAAUUCUGGGAUCAUCAGCCAGCCAAUGGGAUGCGACGGAAGCUUCUGGGAGCAGGAAAGGCUUUAUAAGGACUGGCUGGGCUGGGAAUCUCCCUCUUUUCCCUUGGCAGCAGCAGCUGAAGAACUCCCUCCCUCCUCCCCUGUCGCGGUAAAUUUUAUGUGGUAGGCGUCACCUUGGGAGUCCAAGGGGGACGUGAUAUGUCAAUUAAUGAUUUAAAUACUGCUCGAGUUACAAAAACUGAGCAGUUGCACAUAUUUUGGUUUUGCUUGAUUAAUGGCAAAUUUUUGAUAUUUGAAGUUAUGAAUUAAAAUGAUUUUGUUGAAUUUAAAAUGCUUUGUGUUUAAACCAAUAAAGUUACCGCGGCCUUUAUUCGCCAA